CCGGCCGAGGCCAGGCCCCCGGCGGCAGCCCUGCCCGCUCCUCGGGGCCCGCGGGUGCUCGGAGCGGCCCCGGCCGCGGCGCCGGCCCUGGAGCCCGUGAGCGCGUGCGGACAGAGGCGGGGGCCACUGGCGUGACGGCGCGGCUCCGGUCCUCAGGGCGUCCCGGCAUCAACAGGAAACCUUACAGACACACGAAGCCUUCCACCAUCUGGAACUCAGAACCUCGACUGGGGAGGACUGUGGCUUCUGGACCGUCCAGGUGUUUCACAGAUGUGAGCGUUUGUCCCGCACUCGCCAGCUGGAGCCCUGAACAGCUGCACGGGCCUGUGCUCCGGCUCACACAGCCCUGAACUGAGGGGUCGUUUCCCACGUGGCCCAGAGCAGCUGCUGACGCUGCGGUCUGACGGCCGCACACUGCCCGCCGCCUCCCAGGGCUGGGCUGGAGAAAGCCUUCUUCGGGGCUGGAGUCUCCUGACUCUUGAAUUAGGAUUCCAGGUGGGGGCCUCGCGUCUGUAGCCCCCAACAUCCCUGUAGGCAUCCCCAUCACCCCCCGUGUCUUGCCGGCAAACUCCCCCACCGCCUCACUCCACAGGCUCGGAAUCCUCCCCGAUCACCAUGGCCUGGCUUUCCCUAAAGGUCUUGUUGGUGGGGCUGAGUUUCCUGGGAUGUCUUUAUCCUCUUGUGGAUUUUAGCUUCAGUGGGGAAACAAGAGGCCAGAAACCGAAUUUCGUGAUCAUUUUGGCGGAUGACAUGGGGUGGGGUGACCUGGGAGCCAACUGGGCAGGCACGAAGGACACUGCCAACCUGGACAAGAUGGCUGCAGAAGGAAUGAGGAAGAGGAAAGGACGCAGAAGAGGUGAAGUGAAGACGGAGGCAGAGCCUGGAGCGAGGUUUGUGGAUUUCCAUGCGGCGGCCUCCACCUGCUCGCCCUCCCGGGCGGCCCUGCUCACCGGCCGGCUGGGCCUCCGCAACGGGGUCACUCACAACUUUGCGGUCACGUCCGUGGGGGGCCUUCCACUCAACGAGACCACGUUGGCCGAAGUGCUGCGGGGAGCUGGCUACGUCACAGGGAUGAUAGGGAAGUGGCAUCUUGGGCACCACGGCUCUCACCACCCCAGCUUCCGUGGCUUUGACUACUACUUUGGGGUCCCGUACAGCCACGAUAUGGGCUGCACUGACACCCCUGGCUACAACCACCCCCCCUGCCCGGCGUGUCCCCGGGGCGACAGACCAUCCAGGAACCUUGAGCGAGACUGCUACUCUGACGUGGCCCUUCCUCUGUACGAAAACCUCAACAUCGUGGAGCAGCCCGUGGACUUGAGCGCCCUUGCACAGAAGUACGCCGAGAAGGCCACCCAGUUCAUCCAGCAGGCUAGCACCAGCGGGAGACCCUUCCUGCUGUACGUGGCCCUGGCCCACAUGCACGUGCCCCUGGCCAGGAUGCUGCCAUCAGCAGGAUCCAGGGGUCAAAGGCCAUAUAGCGCAAGCCUGCAGGAGAUGGACCACCUUGUGGGCCGGAUCAAGGACGCAGUUGACCUCGCGGGGAAAAACAACACGUUCCUCUGGUUUACAGGGGACAAUGGCCCGUGGGCUCAGAAGUGCGAGCUGGCCGGGAGUGUGGGGCCCUUCACCGGAUCGUGGCAAGCUCGUCAAGGGGGAAGUCCCGCCAAGCAGACCACCUGGGAAGGAGGGCACCGCGUCCCGGCCCUGGCUUACUGGCCUGGCAGGGUCCCCGUCAACGUCACCAGCACAGCUCUGCUGAGCGUGCUGGACGUCUUCCCCACCGUGCUGGCCCUGGCCGGGGCCCCCCUGCCCCGAGGCCGAAGCUUUGAUGGUCUGGACGUCUCGCAGGUGCUGUUCGGCCAGGCGCAGACGGGACACAGGGUGCUGUUCCACCCCAACAGCGGGGCUGCCGGAGAGGACGGAGCGCUUCAGACCAUCCGCCUGGAGCAGUACAAGGCCUUCUACGUCACCGGCGGAGCCCGAGCCUGCGACGGGAGCGUCGGCCCCGAGCGGCACCACGAGCGCCCCCUCAUCUUCGACCUGGAAGCUGACCGCGCGGAGGCCGCGCCCCUGGACCAGGGCGGCGCCGAGUACCGGGCGGUGCUGCCCAGGGUGGCGGCGGCUCUCGCCGGCGUCCUCGCCGACAUCGCCCGCGACCGCGUCUCGCGGGCGGAUUACAGCCAGGACCCUUCCGUGCGGCCCUGCUGCGACCCCCGGCGCCCCGCCUGCCGCUGCCGGGCCGCGUGAGGGACACACCGAGCCAGGACGCGGGCGCUUGCCCCCGCCGCGGCCCCGCGCGCUCCGAAGACGAGGCCCCGAGCUGUUCCGCGGUCACCGCUCUGCGUCCCCGUCUGAGAGCGCGCCGCGCCCGCGCUGUGAGCAAAGGCAGCGAGUCAGGAGUCAGACCAGCCUCUGAACUUGGGCGAUUAUGUAACCGGACUCGCAGAAUGACGCUGAAGGAGACCAGGAGAGACGUGAAGAUGCCUGCCUGGAGCAGGACGUGACCCCGAGCAGCGCACAACACGCUGCAGUUCCUUUUUCUUUUUUUAAACGUACCCAGUUUUGCUGGUCCUUUGAUCGGAGGCCCGUGCCCUCUGGCGUCUGGAGCAGCCCCGCCCGGCCUUUCCUGCGCCCGCAGGCCACCUGGGAGCUUGUGACCGUGCUGAUUGCGACCAAGCAGCCGGGUGCGACCGGAGAUGCUCCGCGGCCGGGAGGCUCCCCUAGGGAUGCUGGGGCAGGGUGGACACCUGACGUAGGUCCGCUUGUCUCUGAGCGGAAGAGCCACAGAAGCCUCCCCACCUCCCUCCAUCCCUUCCACAGGCAAAUGUCUGUACUCUGUAGAUUUUAGGAAUUCUUCCUGCCUCCUCAAACCACAAAUUAAAAUUUUAAAGCCUCAAACGUG